GGCAUGGUAUCAGAUCGAGGGUCGGUUCCAAGAGUCUGUGCAAGCCAUCCGAAAGCCAUGUGGGGAUCGGCGGAGUUUGACUUUCGCGAAUGAUGAGAGAACCAUCGAUUUGGACAUCUUUUGCCCGUGGCACCAGCACGGCACGCUCGACAUCGAAUUAUGUAACUGACUGGAUCCAUCGCCCAAGAGUUUCAAGUCGGUCCCAGUGAAGCCGAAUGCUCUCAUUCCAAGGAACACGUAUGAAGCUAGCAGUUGUGGUCUUGGCUCUGUUCGCAAUUAAAAGAUGAAAUUCUCUCAACCUUUCAAGGUCCCCUUGCUUCAAUGAUAGCUGCAGGCUGCAGAUGCGUACAACCGUUGAAGUAGCAGACAGAGACCCCUAAUGGCAGAUGGAGAGUCGAGUUUCAGGUGGCGAUGAAUGCACGAUCAGAUUCCGAUGUCCCGUACAACGGUGAUGCGCUGAUAGGCGUGUCCGUUGCGAUUGCCGUUGUCCAGAUUGUGGUGGUUGUAGCACGUUUCUAUACGAGACGCCUGCAACAGCUGGCUUUAGCUCUCGACGAUUACCUGAUUCUUCUGGCAUUGAUCGCCAGCUUGGGCCAAUCGGCUUUGUACAUCAUCUGUAAGUGGGAUAUUUCAACAACAGCCCGAUCAAGCACUGACCGUUGGGUUUCCUUUCGCAAAGUGGUUAAGCUCGCAGGAGUCGGACAUCACAUGGAAUAUGUCGAAGAGACGCCUGAAAAGCUGGUGAUCCUGGAGAAGGGCCUGUAUGCCAACGAGAUUCUCGACUUCCCGUUCACAGUCACUCCAGCCAAAAUCUCCAUUCUGGUCUUUUACCUCCGAAUCUUCACCACCCGAUCGUUCAAAAACAUGGCAUAUAUAGUCGGUGCUAUCGUGCUCGGACAUGGCCUCGGCAUCCUAUUUGCAGCCAUCUUCCAGUGCUGGCCGAUAGCAUACGUCUGGGAUACAACCAUUGAAGGAGGAUCGUGCUUCAAUCAACUGGCCUUCUACCGCUAUGUGUCGCCGCCCAAUAUCUUGACAGACGUCCUCCUUCUGAUCAUGCCAUUGCCAUAUGUCUGGAAAUUACAUACGCGAAAAGGACAGAAGUUGGCUUUGACGGGAGUAUUCCUCCUCGGCAGUUUAGGGACUGUAGCCAGUAUUUUGCGAAUGACGAUUUUCUUUCAAGAAAAUGCCACGACCGACCCAACCUGGACAUCCACCAACCUAGGAAUCUGGACCAUCCUAGAAGGCGGAAUCAUUAUCAUCGCCGCCUGUCUCCCACCCAUUUGGCCCUUGAUCAUGCGCAUUCUACCUCAACAGCUGCGCAGCAAGGGCUCUUCUCAGACUCCGCAGUGCUAUCAUCGCCGCUACCCAACCAACCAGGGCAAUGCCAAGACUCCGGAGGGCUUCUCUCGACUCGGGGACAACAGUCAGUCGCGCGGAUCGCAUGUCCCAUCACUGGGAAGUCAGACGAUGGUGGCGCGGGAAUCUGAGUACUAUUCGGAAAAUAUCUCGCUGGAGGAGGCGAUGCACGGGUAUGCGGUGCGGCCGAAAGAGGGUCCGUAGAUCCAUAGAUGUAUUAUAGUUGUGGUUAUAAUGAGUAUGAACUAUGAAAAUUGAUGUAUAAUACGAUAUCUGUGUGGUUCAUGCGUUCUCAUAUAUAGUAUAUAGAUUAGGUUAACCAAUGUUCGAUAUGAUAUACCGAAG